AUGGCGGUCAACGUUCUUCGCGACUCCCUCCUCGACGCCCUGCGCGACAUCCCCGGCACGCGCGACUUCCACCUCCACCUUCUCGUCUCCGCGCCCCGCAAGACCAAUGGCCUCUACCCCUUUGCUCACCCGCGCCCGCGCGCGUACCUCCAGGACAUCCUCAUCCUCGCCUCCGAGCAGGCCACCCCGGACGCCCCCCGCCUCAUCGUGAGCGCCAUCGAGGCGAACGUGUACGUGGUGCCCGCCACCUCCUGCGCGGUACUGUAUGUCUCGAAGGUGGACUCGAGCGGGCAGGGCGCGCGCCCCUCGCCCACGUCGCGUCUGGUGCAGCGGCUGGUUAAGUACUACGCGGACCCCGCGACGCGCCCGGUGAAGGCGCGCCACCUCUGGGUGCACCUUUUCGCGCGCGCGCAGAACCAGUAUCUGCUCCCCAACUCGGUGGAGUUUGAGGGGAAGAAGCCGUUGUCGGACAUCCGGCUCUGCGCGUGGUGGAAGCGCGUGCUAGGGGAUGCGUUCAAGGAUGUGGAGGGCGCGAAGGACUUGACAAGGCGCGCAUGGUAUAUUCUACCGGGCUUCAACGAGCUGGAGGCGCUGAACGCGCUCGGUGCGACGCCAAGCGAGGCGGAUCCGUGGGCGUAUGGCCAUCCAUACGAGCAGACCGACAUCCCCCUCCCAUGUCCGCGCGACGAACACCAUCUUGGGCACUUCAUUCCCUCUUUCGAAGACGAUCCCAAGAGCAGGUUUGUGGAUGACAUCGCGUACACCACCGAGGGCGAGAUCAAGUCCCCGAUCAAGAAACGGCAGCGCACCGAGUCCACCACAGACGGGUCCCAUAAGCCCACCUCCCGCUCCCUCAACGCCAAAGAAGACAAGGACAAGGCCGCCUCGGAAGACCCCACCGCGCGCGAGCUUCGCAAGGUCUCCCCCGCCGAAUUCUGGGAGCGCAUGUCCUUCCGCCAGGAGUGCGUCUCCGGCGCCAUCACAGGCUUCUUCGUCCUCGCGUUCUCCUGCCCGUCCUCCGCCCUCCCGCGCGACGACGGCGUGUCCCCGCUGGCGCCGCUCCCGGGGCACGUCGCGCCGAGGGUGGUCAAGCGCGUGAUCACCUCGUUAAUGACGGCGGUGGAGUUCUCCACGCGUGAGCGCGCGGUGCAUGCAACGAGUUCGAUUGAGAGCACGAUACAGGGGCUGUGUGAUGGGUUGGUGCCGGCGUCGGCGCCAACGUCGAGGGUGGGGGCGCCGAAGCCGCGCGCGCCGUCUACAGACGCCUCAGCGAGCACGGAACGGCCUUCUACACCACCGCUCCGUCAUCUCGAGCCCCCAAGCACUCCACCGCGCCGGAAAACAGCCCUUCCGGAUCCAUCGCCGAACCCCUUUGAAGAGCCCGUGGCCACUAUGGACACGUAUCACCAACAUAUCUACGGAAGCAUCUCUGUGAAGAACCCUGAACCAGUGAAGACAGCGGCCGCUCCAGCGCAGCCGGUGACGGUCCUGGCUGUACGCAAGAAGAAAAAGAAGGCGACGUGA